AUGUCAUACAAGAAUCACAUCUCGGAGCCCAUUGCAGUCGUUGGGACGGGCUGUCGCUUUGCCGGCGACGCUACGACACCAUCGAAAUUAUGGCAGCUCCUCUCUAAUCCCACCGACUUGACUCGGGACAUCCCCCUCUCCCGGUUCAACAUCAAGGCAUUCUAUCACCCCGACGGAGAGUACCAUGGCACGACCAACUCUCCUAAAGCAUAUUUCCUUGAUCAAGAUCACCGCGUGUUCGACGCCAGCUUUUUCAACAUCUCCCCCAAAGAGGCCGAGGCCAUUGACCCUCAGCAACGCAUGAUGCUCGAGGUGGUGUACGAGGCUCUUGAGUCUGCCGGUUACACCCUCCAGCAGUAUGCCGGGGAAAAGGUUGCUGUGUUCGCUGGUCUCAUGACUGGAGACUACGACACUCUCUCUCAGCGCGACGAAUUGGACACCAGCCAGUACUACGCCACUGGCAACGCCCGCUCCAUCUUGUCAAACCGCAUUUCAUAUUUCUUCAACUUCCAGGGUCCCUCCAUGACCAUCGACACCGCUUGCUCGUCUAGCCUCGUCGCACUUCACCAAGCCGUCUUGAGUUUGCGUUCGGGAGAGUCCAAGGUCGCCUGCGUCGCCGGCGCCAAUCUAAUUCUCACUCCCGAGCAAUUUGUUGUCGAGUCUAACCUGCACAUGCUCAGCCCGACCGGCCACUGUCGCAUGUGGGACGCCGGUGCUGAUGGCUACGCCCGUGGCGAAGGCGUGGCCGCUAUUUUCAUCAAGACAUUGAGCCAGGCCCUCGCCGACGGCGAUAAUAUUGAAGCCGUUAUCCGCGAAACCGGCGUCAACUCGGAUGGCCGCUCACGGGGCAUCACCAUGCCGAACUGGGAAGCCCAAUCACGCUUGAUCCAGGACACCUACCUGCGUUCUGGUCUCGACCCGAAGAACCCCGAGGACCGCUGCCAGUACUUCGAGGCUCACGGCACCGGUACCAGCGCCGGUGAUCCCAAUGAGGCGCGUGCCAUUGAAAAUGCCUUCUUCGGGGACGACAGAACCGGCAAUUCCGACAACAAAAUGCUUGUCGGUUCCGUCAAGACUGUGAUCGGCCACACCGAAGGCGCCGCCGGCCUUGCUGGCCUCCUGAAAGUGAUUCAGAGCAUCCGCCACGGUUCGGUGCCGCCGAAUCUCCAUCUCGAGAAGCUCAACCCCGAUGUUGAGAAGUACUACGCCAACUUGCUUGUCCCUACCUCCGCCGUUCCCUGGCCGAGCGCUCCGGCCGGCCAGCCCAGGCGUGCGAGCGUCAACUCGUUCGGGUUCGGAGGCACGAACUCCCAUGCCAUUGUUGAGGAAUAUAUUCCUGAGGUGCGUUCCCCGUCUGGCAACAAAUUUGGUCCGUUCCUUCUUCAGUUGCUUACUCCUAUCCAGUCUCGCGGCUGCGCGGAUAACGGCCGUGUUUGCCUUCCUCUGGUUCUCUCAGCCCCGUCUCAGAAGUCGUUGGUUGGCGUUGUCAAGGCGUAUCGCGACUAUCUUGCGCAGCUCCCGGAGCUCGGCGGCGAGGAAGUAGCCUGGCACAGUUAUGCACGGAGGACAUCGUUCCCGUUCCGUGUCUCUGUCUCUAGUGCUUCCGUGUCCGGGUUUGUUGACAAGCUCAAUUCUCUUGUCGCCAAAACUGAGGGCUCUCCCAACGCCACACUUGGGAUCCGGGCUCGGCCUCAGAACGAGCAACCCAAAGUCCUCGGCAUCUUUACUGGCCAGGGAGCUCAGUGGGCCACCAUGUCGCGCGGUCUUUUGCUUUCUUGCAAGCCCUACGCCGACACCAUCCGGUUUCUUGAUAAAAGUCUCCAAACAUGUCCUGAUCCGCCUUCAUGGACGCUCGAGGAGGAGAUCUUGGCUGAUGAGCAUCUGUCGCGGGUGAAGAUGGCGUCUGUUUCACAGCCUCUUUGUACCGCAAUCCAGUUGGCCCAGAUUGAGCUUCUCCGCCACCUCAGCAUCGCCUUCCAUACGGUUUUGGGUCACUCCUCCGGCGAGAUCGCUGCGGCCUAUGCCGCCGGCAAGGUCUCCAUGCGCGAUGCCAUUCUGAUCGCUCACUAUCGCGGCAUGGGCGUGCACAUGGCCGGCGGUGCCAAAGGGGCCAAAGGUGGCAUGCUGGCUGUCGGUUUGUCAAAAAAAGAGGCCGAGGAGUUCUGCACAAGCCCGCAGUACUCCAAUCGACUUUGGGUUGCUGCCAGCAACGCACCGUCGAGCAUCACUCUUUCCGGCGACAUCGACGCUGUUCAUGAGGCGUGCAAAGAGUUGACCAGCCAGCAGAAGUUCGCUCGACUUUUGUUCGUUGACACGGCGUACCAUUCUCCUCACAUGGCUGGUGCGUCUGUUGAGUACCUCAAGGCUUUAGAGACCUGCCACAUCACACCCAGAGAAGGAAACAGAACUGUAUGGGUUUCGAGCGUUUACGGCGCGGGGGAGCCGGGGCAAGUUGAGCUUGCCGCUCCUUACUGGAAAGACAACAUGGUGAAGCCAGUCUUCUUUCAUGAGGCCGUAUCUACCGCCCUCGACACUCUUGGUCCCUUCGACUGCGCCAUUGAGAUCGGGCCUCAUCCGGCAUUGAUGGGUCCUGUUGCUCGGAUCAUGCAGGCGAAGAACAUGGCCGCCAUUCCGUACUCUGGCUUGCUCGACCGCAAGCUGGACGACCGUGAAGCAUUUGCAAACUUUCUCGGCUGGAUGUGGACUCACUUCGGGUCAUCAUCCCUUCAGAUUCAGCGCUUUGUUUCGGGCUCGCUGCACCCUCAGGUUGUCAACACCCGGCUCGUGGAUCCGCCGAUAUACCCAUGGGACCACUCCCAGGCGUUCUAUCGGGAGUCGCGCAUCUCUCGCCAGUACCAGUUCAAGCCCGACAGCCCCCAUGAACUUCUCGGUGUCCGGACUCGGGACGACAACAAACACCAGCUGAGAUGGCGCAACAUCCUCAAGUUCGACAAACUCCCUUGGGUCAAGCACCACAGCUUUCAGGGACAGGCCUUGCUUCCGGCAUCCGCCUACAUGGUUAUGGCCUUGGACGCAGCGCGGUCCGCUUUGGCCGGCCGCCAGGCCUCUGUUAUUGAACUUCGCGACUUGAAGUUCCCCAGUGGCAUUAUCCUGGAGCCGAAUACGCCUGGCGUGGAGGUUUUAUUCAAUCUGACCAUCGAACAUGAGUCGCCGGACACCGUUGAGGCCACUUUUACGCUGACCUCUGCCAUUGCGGAUGGCCGGCCGGAUAUGAAGAAGAAUCUUAGCGGAAGUCUUACCAUGACCCUUGGGGGCCCAUCUGCGGAAGCUUUGCCAUCACGGCCAGUGAACCGGGCCGAGACAUUGCACGCAAGCACUCGCGGCUUUUACAGCAUGAUGGCUGGCGUCGGGCUGGCCUACAGCUCGCCUUUUAAGGGCCUGGAAACACUCGAGCGGCGGUACAACUUUGCUUCAGGCACCCUGAAGAAAUACCACGAGGAGGACACCACUUCGUUGAGCAUCAGCCCCGCAACCCUGGAUAGCUGCCUGCAAACCGCAUUCGUCACCAUUUCUUCUCCUGGCGACAACGCGAUUUGGACCUCGUUUCUGCCCCUGGACAUCGAGUGUGUCCGCUUCAACUUGGCCACCUGCGACAUCAAGAACGCCAACGAGGACAGGCUCGCGGUCGAUGCCUACAUGACCAGGGCGACGCCCAUCACUACCCAGACCGCUGCGUCUUUCACGGCGGACAUUGAAAUCUUCAACCCCGAGGGGGACAUGGAGAUCCAAGUGCAGGGGCUGACAGUUAGGUCCUUCAGCUCGACAAAACCGGAGGAAGACUUUGAGCUCUACCUGACAACAAAGUUCGACAUCGACCCGGAUGCCGAAAUUGUCUCUACUGAGUCCAUCGACCAGGAGGCCGCAAACCCGAUGCUAGCUAAGAGCUGCGAGCGGGUUGCAGCCUUCUACGUCAACCAAGCACCUAUUACCCGGCCGCGCUCUCCCACUCUGGGUUUGCUACUGGAACGGGCAGAGAAUUUGUUCCCCCCGACUUCAUGGCCCCGAGAGACCGAGGAGAUGAUGCACAAGUUCAUUCAGUCUUCCCCGUACUUUGUCGCCCUGGACUUCAUCCGGGAGCUGGGCAAGAAUUUGCCGGAGGGCCUCGUGGGUAUGCUGCCGGCGAUCGUGGAAGAGGCGCAUCAACUUGUCGGCUUUCAGCGGCAUGUUUCCCGAGUUGUUGGGCAGAUCGCGCACAAGUACCCGCGGAUGAACGUUCUGGGGCUUACCGACCCGGAGAUGGGCUUGACCGAGCAUAUUCUUGCCGGUCUGAACGGCUGCUUUGCCCGGUAUCGCGUCGGUUCUGAGCUGGAGAGCAAUCUCGAGAGCCGGGUCCUGCUCAACGACAUUUCCCGCAGGAAGAUCAUGGUGGACAAGCUCGACCUCAGCAACGCCGAGCCGGAUGAGCGUGCCCCAUAUGAUCUGGUUUUACUCGCCACUUCGAUGAUUGAGCCGCAGCAGACCGCGAGCAGCCUCAAGCGGGUCAAACAGAUGAUGCGGCCAGGCGGCUUUCUGGUGUUGCUCAACGUGUCCCGGAGCCCGCUCAAGGACCGGAUUCGGCGUUAUGCUCGGCCCUCGUCCGGCACGGUGUACCCGCUCUCGCCGCCCGACUGGCCCGACCUCCUGGACCAGUGCGGGUUUAGCUACUCGAUGAAGAACGGCCACCAAUACUACCCUCCUGGCUUCUCGAUGACCGUCCGCCAAGCCGACUCCCCCGAGAAGAAGUUGUUGCUCCAGCCUUUCGCCGAUUCGAAGCAGACCAGCAUGGUUGACCGCUUGUUGAUCGUUGGCGGGAUGACAACGGAGACUGCGCUCAUCUCAACGGGCGUCUGCUCCGACAUCACAGCCCAUUGCAGUGUAAUCGAGAGAGCAGAGACGCUGGAGUCACUUACUCCUGACUUUGCGGCAUCUUUCUCCGCCAUGAUUAUCCUCAAUGACAUCGACGAGCCCAUUCUGGGGACCAUGACGGAGAAGCGGAUGGAGAUCCUUCGAGCCCUCUUCAAGCCAGAGAUGAUGAUCCUCUGGGUAACCCACAACGCUCGGUUCCACAACCCUGACCAAGCCGCUUCGUUCGGCUUCACGCGCACUUUGACGGCUGAAACUCCUGGGCUGGCACUGCAGAUGCUCGAUCUCGAUACCGUGGACACUGUCCCAGCUGUCGAAGCAAUCACCGAGACUUUCGCCCGGCUUACCAAAUAUCGCUUGGCUGGGGGCCCUGACACCAUCAAGCCGUUGUGGGUCAACGAGCCCGAGAUUCACUUAGAGAACGGCCACCGUCUUGUUCCUCGGGUCGUGCCGUGGAAAGAAGGGAACGAUAGGGUGAACGCUCCUCGCCGGGUUGUGGCAAACACUGUCAACACGUUGGAAAAGAUCGUGCAAAUUGUACCGACUGAACGGGAUGGCGGCGACUCAAGCCUGUACGGGAUCGAGGCUCUGUACCCGCCCGGUGGCGCGUGGGUUGUCGACAUGUCCACAGACCCUAGCAAACUCUCGGAUUUAUUGGUUCAUACUUUGCCCGCCAAUUGCAAGUACACCGCCUACUCGUCAGUGUCGACCCGCUCUCACAACAACAUUAGCGGCAACGCUUCCUCGACCAAUUUGUGGGAAUAUGCCGUGGCCCUCGCGCUUGCCGAGACUGCGGCCUCUCCAACUCAUGUUGAGCCCGGCAUGACCGCGGUACCCGACCUGUUGCGGGCCAAGUCACCGUUACAGGCGUUCGAAAUCGUUGACUGGAAGGCAGAGCGCUCUGUGUCACAUAUUGUCAAACCGUUAGCGGUCACUCAUGCUCUGAGCCCGGCGAAGACCUAUAUCCUGGGCGCGCGGCACAUUGUGCUUUGCAGCCGGAACCCGCCCAAAGUCCAGCCCCAGUGGCAGACCGAGAUGAUCUCCAACGGCAUCACUAUCUGGUUUGAGGCGCUCGACGUCACCAGCCUCGAGGGAGUCAUCUCCUUGAAGAAGAAGCUCGCCGAGAGCCUGCCCCCCGUCGGCGGCGUAGUCAACGGCGCCAUGGUCCUCGAAGACCGCGUCUUCUCCCAGAUGUCGGUGGAGACGCUCCACCGCGUCAUGCGCCCCAAGACAGUGGGCUCCAAGAACCUCGACGAGGUCUUCGACAGCCCCGACAUGGACUUCUUCAUCAUGACGUCCUCCUUCGCCGCCAUCGGCGGCCACGCGGGCCAAUCCAACUACGCCGCGGCCAACAUGUACAUGAACGGGCUCGCGGCCUCACGGCGCCGCGGCGGCCUGCCCGCCUCGGUCCUCAACAUCGGCGUCAUCUACGGCCUGGGCUUCCUGCACCGCGAGAAGGACGACCUGUACGAGGGCCUCGAGCGCGAGGGCUACCCGCCCACCUCGGAGCGCGACCUGCACCACAUGUUUGUCGAGGCCAUCGCCGCCGGCCGCCCCUCCCAAGACAACAACAACAACACCGAGGGCAUCUACGACAUCACCAGCGGCCUGAGCCGCUUCCCGGCGCACGACCCGACGCUCGCCUGGCAGCACGACCCGCGCUUCUCGCACUUCACGCGCCGCGACGACGACGAUGGCACCGCGUCCGAUGCCACUGCUACGGUUACCACCACCGGCGACGCACAGCCGAAACAGACCCUGCGCGCGCAGCUCGACGCGGCCACCACAGCCGAGGAGGUGGCCACAGUGCUGGCGAGCGGGCUGGUGGAGCGGCUGCGGGCGCAGCUGCAGCUGGGUCCGGACGGGGUCACGCCCGAGCACAGCCCGACAGAGCUGGGCGUGGACUCGCUUGCCGCCGUGGAGCUGCGGGCGUGGGCGUGGAAGACGCUGGGUUUGGAUGUGGCGGUGAUGAAGAUUUUGAGCGGGGCGACGGUGGCGAGGUUGGCGGGGGAUUUGGCUGGGGGGGUGGUGGAGAAGAGG